GACAGAACAAAAGCGCUCUUUUGUCUCACCAAGCAACUUCCCCUCCACAUUCCAUGGGGUCCAUGGACGUGUGGUCUACUCCCUGAAGGUUGAGAUACGACGACCAUGGCAUCUUGUCAAGGAGUUUGAAGUGGAAUUUAACUAUGCUAAUCACAUUGAUGCCAACCACCCAAAGCUUCUGCAUCCUCUUUCAUGCUCAGAAGAAACGGUGGUGUGUUGUCUAUGGUGUGCCUCGGGCCCCGUCACGAUGACUGCACGCCUUGACAGGAAGGGCUAUGUCCCAGGGGAAACCAUUAAAAUCAUGUGUGAGUUUAGCAACGCUUCAACGAGGAACGCCACACCAACUGCAUCACUUAUGCAGCACGAGAAGUAUUCCACUUUGGCUGGAUCCAGAAAGAUGGAUAACAAAUCUCUGGACUCAGCCACAGGAGAGCUAGUGAAGGGUGGGAACCUGCAGGCCUACAGUGAAAUGACGCUGACCAUCCCUGAUACAACCUUUCUCUCCGUCUCCAACUGUUCCAUCAUCGAGGUGGUCUACACUGUGCUGGUGACUCUGUCUAUCAACUGGUCCUCUGACGUCUCAGUAAGCGUCCCCAUUGUGAUAUGUGAUAUUCCGGUUGAUUCACCAGACACUGACGACUUUGAAGACUGUGUGUGAGUAGGAUACGUGGCAGAAACCAAAUCAAGGUCAUGAUAAAACAGCCUUAUUUGGUGCAGUAUUAUUAGUUUACUUCCAGAAAGCAAAACACUUUUAUUUAUUUAUUUAUUUUCUAGAUCAUUACUAAAUAUGAUAGAAUAAUUCCAAUUUCUUCUUGUUUUUGUCCAUAUUGUGAAGUGUUCUAGAUGUGUACUCAGUAUUAGCAAAGAGUAUAGAAUCACAUAUAAGUUCUUUGGUAUUAGAUAUACAGUUUUGUUACCAAUAUAGGAAUUACAUUAUUUGUGCUUAAUUCCAUAGCAUUGUGUUUCAUUGUUUGAGUUUAUGCAUGGUCAUUGACGUUGUUGUUGCUAAUAACAACAUAUUGUUGAAAUGAUACGGUAUGCUAUCACAUAUCAUAGAAUAUGUGUCAGGAAUCGGGUAAUAUUAGAUUUAGGUUUUAUAUUAGUGUAGAAUUAUGGAUUUGCUUGAUUAGGACUUUUUUGUCGAUUGGCUGUAGUUUUGUUUCAAUGGUCAACACUCCUGGUUUAUUAUGCUAUACUUGAAUCUCACUGAUAUUGUGUUCAGUGGGGAUAAACUAUUCAUUGCAAUACACUUUUAACAGCUGAUGUUAGAGAUAUGCUGCUUUUUGUAGUAAUAUUUUUACCAUGUCUGCCUCGGAUAUUUUGUAUUUAUUUAUUUAUUCGAAGCUACCUCAAACUCAAGUGUUCCUUAAGCUGAAGUUUUCCUGCAUGCCAAUUUUGAAGUUAAUGAGACAUCCUAGAGGGACAUUUACAGUGGGGGCACUCAAUAAGUUACAAAUGAUAAUAAAAUGUGUCACAACGUAGUUUAUGAAGUAUGAAAUGUCAUAGGGAUGUUUACACACUUUAUCAAUAAAUAAAAUGGGCUUAAGUCAGUAACCUGU